AUGGCUCUAAUACGUCGACUUGUGCCCUCCUCUCGCUCCGUGCAGAUCGCGACAUGGCAGUUGUCUGCUAUCUCUAGCACUCGUCAAGAUAAUCCGUUUUCUGGCUUAUUCCAGUCGCAGCGUCUGGCAGCUCGUGCCUUUCAUGGGUCAGCACAGCGCGAAAACGCGGCACUGAUCGGUGGUUUGGGCGUGGCCGGGGCCGCACUUAGCGCUAAGUACGUGCUGCAGAUAUGGACCGCGUAUAAGAACCGCCCCAAGAGUGAGAAAAAGACUUCCUGGAAGUACCGCAACUUCUAUGACGGCCCGUUUGAAGAAAAGAUGACGCGACGUGAAGCCGCGCUCAUUUUGGGCGUGCGUGAGAGCGCGUCGGAGGAGCGGAUUCGCAAUGCACACCGCAAACUGUUGAUACUGAACCAUCCGGAUACAGGCGGCUCGACGUUUCUCGCUACAAAGAUUAAUCAGGCAAAGGAGAUGCUACUGAAUGGUGGCAAGUAG